GUUUUAUACUGCUAGUUUCUGCCAAAACAUUAAAAAAAUUUAUAUUGUAGUUUUUGUAAAUGAUUACCCGGAGUAGCUUCAAAUUAGGUGGAACCUUUUUUUCUGAACAUUUCUGAAUUUAAUUUUAACAACUGUCAUACGACUAUUUAUACUUAGCUUGUCCUGGGAUUUUCUAGUAAAACAUAUAGUGGAAUUAAAAAUUCAUAGGUGGCAGCACUGCCAGAAAUCGCACGUGCGGCAGUUUAAAAUGAGACGAGGAAUCGCGAGUGUUGUUAUUCUGUCUUGGCAGGUGCGCGAAUCGAGUCCGAUGCGCUACGUUUGAGGCAUCGCGUCCGCGAACAGACGAAACAGAAGCGAAAAUAAAGUAUUUGAGAUAUUAGAAAAAAAAAAAUACGAUCUUUCUUUUUCUUUAUUUGAAGUGCCAUAAUCAAUGAACGUUGAAAUUGAUAGACACAUAAGUGUGUGAGUAAAAUAAAAAAAAAAAAAAAAAUGUUCGCCAGGAAAAAAAAAUAUGCCUUCAACGAAAAAGUGGCCGGCUCGGAUUCACGCAGGAACUUGCAACUUGUGACCUUCCUCUUGUGCCGAAAUUUUUCUUCUGAGGAUCAGGCAGAGUGAGACAGAGUUGCGAUCAACGGAGGAUGGAUUCAUCACUUUCCACGAAAAGAGACCCUUUGAUAUGAUAAAUCGCGAGCAGUAGAAGAAAACGUCCGCGUUCCGGUCUGUCGCCCGUUCUAUUUUUCACGGAUAACAAUGCCGCGGCACGUGAGGUGACUGCACGCAAGUGCGCUCUGUGUCGUACUUUUCUCUGUUCCUUUUUUUUUUUUUUACCCUUCCCUUUCUUUUUAUCCUCCCCUAAUCAAGCGGAUCGAGGGUAAAGUGCUCAACUGGACAUGUUGCGACGAUUCACCUGCGAGGAGACAUCGCGUUACGUCGAGCCGCGGCUCUGUUAAUCAGUGUGUAUCAAAAUUACCCUACAUUUCGUCCCACCGGCGGAUCCGUCCGCAAAAUAUUGCACCUGCGGCUGAAUAAAAGGUCUGUUUGAUAGUUGCCUGACAGUUGCGCAGAAUGUCACGACAAGGUCUUCUACUAUUGUUCGCUUUGCUUAUGCUGAAAGAGUCUGUAUCAACAAAGGAGAACGCAAAGGAGGAGCCCUCAGAAGGCGAGUCGUCGCCGCAUCACAGGCAGAAGAGGGUUUUCUGGUUCACGAAUGAUGGACGAAUCGCAUUACCACCCGGUACCGUAAUGACAAUUACGCCAACAUUAGCGUUACCCUUCGUUCGGCAUCCACCUUACGGAUUCCUCAGUAAUAUGACUAUUAGUCUACCGUUCACGAUUGACUUCGACAAGCUGGGCCUGACAGACAAUGAAAAUCCAUAUGGUGCUCUACCACCGAGUUUCGACAGGAAAUUAAAGAGUCGACAGGCCGGGAUGAUGAUGGCGGACUUCAUCGCGGCAUUCAUUAAACGCAGAUUGCACAAGCGAGACGUGACGGAGAUGCCGAGAAACGCGUUCCACGGCGGCGAGCGAGCUUUACUCUACGGCACCGCCGAGGAUAUGUUAACUACACUGGGAAUGAACGGGAAAGCCUGUUUGUUGAGAGCAAUCUGCGAGGUUCAAGGACAUCAUUUAAAUAAUUUUGGACUAAUCGGUGAAAUGCUGAAGCUAUUCUUCACUGCUAGCCGAUCGCCGUUCGCGAAUCUCCUCAAGGAAUAUGUCGAGGCGGAAAAUCGUGGGAAAUUUCACGGCGAAUGCUGGCCGUAUUUCAAGGAUUGUCCGAAAUCAUUAUUCCUGCCAUCUACCAACAAGUAUCAAAAAGAUUCGAUGCAUGAAGAAGAGGACGAGGAGGACGAACAUUGGAAUCAAAUCUCCAAUGAUCUCGACGAGGAGCCUCUCACGAGGAUAUCAAGGAAGAACACGAAGGAUACUGUACAUCCCAUGUAAUUUUAGUUAAAUUAAAAUAUGUUGUGCCUCGCGAUACAACAAAAUGAAAUAGUCGGUUCGCCUUAAGAGAGAGGAACCAUGAAAAGAAGAGCCAAGAACUCAGAGCAAUGUCUUCACCAAAUCACUUGUUUAUUAUUAUCACUCGUUACAAUGUGAUGAUAGAUACGAGGUCGGAUUUAACUUAUCGCGUUUAGACGAUACAACUUAUUUUAUUGUCUCUAAUUUCUACUUGGGCUUAAGCACGAUUUGCUCGGACCGAUCGUAUAAAAUAUUUUUCGCAAACUCGACACGAUUUUCGCGAUUUGCGUCAACUUUCGAUAAUGACCAGAUAAUGAACCUUAUUUGGCACGAAUCGAUGUCCUUUAAUAUAAUAUUCUGAUUUCCGGCAUGAUAAUCGGCGCUGUAAUGAUCGCAUGCGGUCAAUGUUCGCAUAUUGCUUAAAUCUGCAGUGACUUGCAUUUCUUGAAUGGCGUAACAAUGUGAAUUAACUAAGAUUACAGCACUCGAUUACAACAAUGUGUCAGAAAUCACGAUUAACGUAACUUAAUCGAAUUACGAAUUUUUUUACGUAAAUUAAUUAAAGGUAAUUAAUAAAAGGAGUUCGUAAAUAGAUAAUAUAAAGUAUUAAUAUAAAGAGAUUACCGUGAUCAUGAUACCGUGAUAGGCUGAAAUAUUCGGCCGGAAAUGCAUAUGUAUGUAUUGUUACAUAUAUUCGUAGCAUUCGAACACGAGAAACUGCCAAAAGUUUGGCUAGUCGCCGGCAUUACGCCGGUAAAACACAUGGCACUAACAGCCGUUGUAUUUUAAGUAUUUCAUAUUUAUUUGUACAGCGUGAGAACAUUUUGAUUUAGCCAUAUAGCUACGUGUACGAGACAAUAGUACACGAUGGCACGGAAUGUAAUAAAAUAUUGAAUUCGCGAGCGCUUGUGUGAUUAUACAGGAAUGAGUAAAGUUGAAUGAACGUUUCCUUCCACAUAUGUACACGACAUAAUUUAUUAAUUUAAUUUUUAUUAUAUUUCUUGUAAACUAAUGUAUAUAUAGCUGAAUUAGAGAGAAUUUAUCUGAAAAUUGCGGCUAGGAAUAAUUAUAAUUUAAUUUUUCUUUUAUACAAUGUUAGACAUUAUUUUAAUCUUGAACAGGAAAUUUAUAUAAAGUUUCUUUAUGAGAUUUUGAUCUUGGCAUCAGGUAUCAGACAUUUUAAGGAUAAUAUUCUGUACAAUGAUUUAGCACAUUUAGCGCAUUUAGCACAUUUUACAGCAAAUGUAAUUGAAGAUUCCAAAA